CAGAGACACCAGCCGAUACAAAGAAACUAAAGCAGGGGCUCAAAGCAAAGAGCAAUGGAGCGAAGGGAAGAGCGAAGAAGGCAGAUGCAGAUGAAGAUGAGGAGAUCAAGAGGAAAGUCAAAUCCAAGCCUCGUUCCUCCACGAAACAAGCUGCAAGAAACACCUCUUCUACCACAUCUACCACCACCACCACCACCAGUGCUGUCAAAACCAGUAAAUACUUCCAGUCACCAGUGAAGGAGGAGGAAAUUGACAGCGAGGAUGACUUUGACAUGGUGACUUCACCACCACCUAAGGUCAAGAUGACUGCAAAGAAACCAGAGAAGGAGGAAGAGGAGGAGGACAGUGAGGAAGACGAGGAUGAUUGGGAGGAAGUGGAAGAGCUGGCUGAGCCUCUGGGUCCAGUUGAGCCAGCAGAACCUGUCCUGCCCUCUCAUCCAGUAGAGAUUGAGAUCGAGUCUCCAGAAGUCAGGAAAAAGCAGAAGAGGCAGGCUGAGUUUGAGGCAUAUCUGAGGCGAAUGAUGAACCGAUUCAAGAAGGACGUGCUGGUGGACACACACAAGGUCCACCUGAUGUGCCUGAUAGCCAGUGGGAUGUUCCGCAACCGUCUGUGCAGUGAACCAGACCUGCUGGCCAUCACUCUGUCACUGCUGCCGGCCCACUUUGCCGCAGUGGCCAAGGAACGCAUUGACCAAAAUUACCUCUCUGGACUGCUCAAAUGGUUUAGAGCAACAUUCACCCUCAACCCCAGCCUUACCUAUGAGGAGCGUCCGGACCCACGGGUUCUGCUGGAAAGGAGGUUGGCCAGCGUCUCGGCGAGAAACCACCAGGAGAUGACUCAUCUGUUCUUAUUGGUCCUGAGGUCUUUGCAGCUCUUCUGCCGGUUGGUCCUUUCCCUGCAGCCAAUUCCUCUCAAACCUCCAUCAAUCAAGGGCAAAGGGGCUAAAACAUCUCCCGGUGCCUCAGGAAAGAACCAGGGGGCAUCCAAGGCCAGCCCACCGGAACCAAAAGUCUCUCCCGGCACCAAGAGACCAGCUGGAGGCGGGAAGACCAAGGGAGACAGAGGAGGAAAGAAAGCUAAGAGGAAAGAAAUAAAAGAGGAGGAAGAGGAGGAGGCGGCUGCAACGUAUGGCCGUCAAAAGCCAAAGAACUCAAAACGUCGGAGUGUCGCCUCAAAGGUCAGCUAUAAGGAAGAGAGUGAAAAUGAAAAGGAGGAUGAGGGGCUCAGUGAUGAGGAGGAUUUUCAGCUGACCAGUGAGGACGACAGCGAUGAUUUUGAGGACGGGGCCGGAUUCACAAAGGCGUCGAAGGGGAAAGGGAGCAGCAAAGCCAAGAGCACCACAGCCUCAAAGAGAAAGAGCGGCGGAGGGAAAAACCAGGUGAAAGAUGAAGAGGAUAAAGAGUGUGAAGAAGAAGAUGACGAUGAUGAUGAUGAAGAAGAAGGAACGAAGACCAACCGAACAAAUCGAAGGGGCGGGAAAAGGAGAGAGGGGCCUGGAACAGAUGAGUGGUUGGAGGUGUUUGUGGAAAAAACGUCCUCCUGGGUUUGCAUAGACGUGGAGCACGGUGUAGCCAUGCCUCAACUCUGCUCCAAGAAUGCAACAGCACCGGUGACGUACGUGGUGGCAGUGGACGGGGAUGGUUUCGUGAAGGACCUGGGGAGAAAAUAUGACCCCACCUGGAUGACUUCGUCCAGGAAGAGAAGGGUGGAAGAAGAGUGGUGGGAGGAAACGCUUGUGCCGUUCCUGGGACCGGAGGACGAGAGGGAUGUGAAGGAGGACAAGGAGAUUGAGAAAAGGCUGCUGAACAAACCCCUGCCCAUCUCUGUGGCGGAGUAUAAAAACCACCCACUGUACGCCUUAAAGAGACACCUGCUGAAAUACGAAGCCAUCUACCCCCCAACAGCCACUAUACUGGGAUACUGCCGAGGAGAGCCAGUGUACUCCAGGGAUUGUGUGCACACUCUCCACUCCAGAGACACAUGGCUGAAAGAAGCACAAACUGUCCGAUUAGGAGAAGAGCCAUACAAGAUGGUGAGGGGCUUCUCUAAUCGUUCCCGUAAGGCCAGGAUGAUGUCUGAGAUGAAGGACCAGAAUGACCUGGCUCUGUUUGGAGAAUGGCAAACUGAACAGUACCAACCGCCUAUAGCUGUGGAUGGAAAGGUUCCCCGUAACGACUAUGGUAACGUCUACCUGUUCAAGCCCUGUAUGUUACCGGUGGGCUGUGUCCAUGUCAGGCUGCCCAACCUGAACCGUGUGGCCAGGAAGUUGGACAUGGACGCCGCGCCCGCAGUCACAGGCUUUGACUUCCAUGGAGGAUACUCACACGCUGUCACGGAUGGUUACAUUGUGUGUGAGGAGCAUGAGGAGGUGCUCAGAGCGGCCUGGUUGGAAGAACAAGAGCUUCAGAAACAAAAGGAGAGAGAGAAAAGAGAAAAGAGAGCUAUCUCCAACUGGACUCUGCUUGUGAAGGGGCUCCUGAUCAGAGAAAGGCUUAAACAGCGUUACGGCAAGAAGAACCUGGAUCCCGUGAGUCUCGCUCACACUCAAGACGGUGGAGACGAGAAUGGUGGACUUUCCUCUGAUGAGGAGGUGAUUGAGGGUGGAGGUUCUGUAGCUAUGACGGCAUCUGAAACUCUGGCAAUGUCCUGGCCCCAAAACAGACAAACAGAGGAGGACAGUGGGAGCGUCAGUGGGUUGAAGAGGACUAAACGAGGGAAGAAAGGGCAAGAGAAACAUUUGUUCCCCUUUGAGAAAGUGUGAUGUCACAAAUCGAAAACUAAAAGCUAGCAGAAAUAAUUCACGAAACAGCUUGAGAGACAGGAGACAUUUCUAAUACUCCGCAGCACUGGAUUUACUUAAAUCAAGAUUAUAUGAUCAUAUUCUGACAUCUGCUGAAAUUUACUUAGAAAGAUGUUGACAAAUCUUGAAAGCACUGUGUGCCAUAUGUGGAACAGGUUUGAAAUAAUUGUUGCAGGUUUGUUCAGGACUGAGACUUUUUGGCAGUAACACUAUAAGGAGGAGAAGAAGAGGCAAAGAUGGGAGGAUGACAUAGGAGAUGAAUGAUUUCAGUGAACUUAUCUGUGGAUCUGUUUCCUCCAUUGUGAGCAUUCUGUACAUAUUUCCAUGUUCUGUGUUAACUCUUUGUAUGAGAGCUUAAUGGAAGUACACAAAUUAAUUAUGUGUAUCAAAUCCAGCACAGAUCUGUGUUUUAAGGGUGUCAACAAAACAAACUUAAUCUGAAUGUAAGAACAGGGAUGUGCCCCUUACAGUUCCAGAUGUGUAUUUGACAUUGCAUGAAGACACACCACUUAUCACUUCACCUGGACAGAUGUGAUACACUCAGCCCUUCUGCAAGUAUUCAUUGGAAAAAGGUAUAAUACUGUCUCUGCCAACAUUUCAAGGCUGUAAAAGAUUCAAGCUUCACAGAAUCUCCACUACAUGCUGCUAAUUCAUUAUAAGCUGAUACGAACUCAGUAUCUUAUCUGGCAUCUCAUAUGUUGUCUCAACUCCAGUUAAGCACGUUUCUUGCCCUUGCCAAUGCUUAACAAGUGGCACAAAUUUGGAGCACAGCCAUUGUUACUGGCUGGAAUGUACACCAUGUAAACUGACUCCCUGAACACAGAAACUUGUAUUGUAAAUCCAGGUUUGUCACAUUCCCAGCCAUGUCUUUAGCUUGCUACGGUUCAUAUUUGACUUGAUAUGACUGAUUUGGGGUUAUAGAUGGUUGUCAUGAGUGCUGCACUUCCUCCUUUUCUCUCUUUCCUUAUUGGGCUUCCACAUCUCUGGAGGUUCAAUUGUUGUAUUCUGUACUAUUUAUCACGUUUAGCAUCUACAACUCUCAAAUCCUUUUCACACUUCUGUGACCAUUUCACACCUUGUGUCUGUAUAUGUGAUAGUGAAAAGCAGAUGAUGGCUGUAUUUAAAUUAGUAAACCGUUUUUGUAUGAAUUGUAUUUUUGUAAGAAAUGUUUGAAUACCAGUAAAAUG